GUGCUCUUUAUUUUCAACUCAAUUUUUUUUUAGGUAAAAAAAUUGUUUAUCGUAAUUACUAGGUGAUUCCGUAUAAGAUUGGUUGUAUGUGAAGGUUACCGGGACAUCGCGCCAUCUCUCUGUGAAUAGCCGCACCCUUGCGCCUGAAAUCCGCGACUUGACGAAUCCUUUCAGCGCAGCUGCACACAAUUUAGUUCAAGGCCGCAUAGAGCCUGAAAGGUUGGUAUCCGCACUGUGUGACCCAUUUCCAUUUAAUACGUUCCCGCACGGCGCUUCUGCGCGACCUUAAGGAUGAAAAUCGCACGCCCCCCCUAACUAAUCUAUUAGUUUGUAAGAGAUUCCUAGCAAGUAAAGAGUUGAAGUAAAAGUGGGAUGUUAAUUUUCUGUACGGACGGAUUGGGGUGCUGAUUUUUCGAGUAAAUCGGAGGUUUUUUAAUGUGGACAGUGUAGGAGUCGCGUGUAGGUGCGCGCGUCGGUUUACGCUACACCCGUUCAUUGAUUAAAAAGGUGCUGGAAGAGCGGUGUUGUGCGUUGGAGGAGAGUGCAGAGAGUCGGUGGCACGAGAGAGAGUAGAGACAAUUCAGUGUCCCGUGUGUGACAUGACAUGAGAUGUCCCGUGACGCGUACGUUGGGGGCACCCGGUCCCCAAGGGGUGUGAGGCUGCCCACUGUGGACCGGUCCCCCAGUCGAGCUUACCCAGGCGGCAGUCCGUUGGGCAGGAAGCCGCUGAGGCAAACGAGAUCGGGCAACAAUUCGCCGGAUCACUCGUACGGUUAUCAUCAUUCUUCCUCGUAUUACCGGGACGAGGACCUGGGCAGCCCGAUGCUGGAGGAACGCGGAAGGCCCAUGACGGUGGGCCCAGGACAUCACCGUUCCAGGAGCGCCACCAGCGUCAACGAACUUAAAAAAGCAAAUAAGUCGCUGGACCGCGGCCCCACGGUGGACCACGAGCGCGAGUUCCUUCCGAUCCGCGACCGCCGCGACCGCUCCCUCGACCGCGGCCUCUACUUCGACGACGAGCCGUACGGCUCGCGAUCGGCGCGCCAGUCGCCCACCUCGCACCAGCCCUUCCUGGGCGAGCUGCAGCACCAGAACAGCGACCUGCAGCGCGAGCUGGGCAACCUGAAGAAGGAGCUGGAGCUGACCAACCAGAAGCUCGGCUCCUCCAUGCACUCCAUCAAGACCUUCUGGAGUCCGGAGCUGAAGAAGGAGCGCGCGUUGAGGAAGGAGGAGUCGGCCAAGUACAGUUUGAUUAAUGAUCAGUUGAAGUUGCUUAGCAGUGAAAAUCAGAAACAAGCCAUGCUAGUUCGGCAACUUGAAGAAGAACUUCGAAUGAGGAUGAGAGGGCCUAGUAUAGAAAUGCAACAGCAGAUGGAGGCACUGUAUCAAGAAAACGAACAUCUCACCAGAGAAAUUGCUAUACUAAGAGAUACUAUAAAGGAGCUCGAGCUCCGCAUUGAGACACAAAAGCAAACGCUGCAGGCGCGCGACGAAAGCAUCAAGAAGCUGCUGGAGAUGUUGCAAAACAAAGGAAUGGGUAAAGAGGAAGAACGUCAGAUGUUUCAGCAAAUGCAGGCGAUGGCCCAAAAGCAGGAGCUGCAGGCGGCCAACGAGACGUUGCGCACGCUGCAGACGCAAUUGGAGCUGGUGCCCUCGCCCUCCAGCAGCACGGUCAAGGUGCUCCUGGAUACGAAAGACGCUAGAAUAGCGACUCUCGAGCGGGAAGUGAACCUGCUGGAGAGCGAGGUCGAACGGCUGGGCGGGGGCACCCACCCCCCUCCCCCGGCUCCAACGGAUCUCCAGAUGGCGGCCUAUGCUUCGCCCGCCCUGCUCCCCGCUUUCAAGCGACAAGUAAGUUUUCUGUUGAACGAUGUGCAGAUCGGAAAGGAUGGAAACGUAAUUGGUAGACUGUAA